GAUUUUUCGGGCUUGGCGGACUGGCCUAUAUGGACUACCCCAUUUUGACAGCUUUAUUUAUUAGUAUUUAGGAUUUAUUUAUUAGUAUUUAGGAUGUAUUUAAAAAAUGUUUAAAAAAAUUAGUUCAAUAAAAUUAGUUAUACUUUUAUUAAAUCGACACUUAAAUCAUUAUUUUACCUAUACAAAAAAGAAAUUGUGAAUAUUAUUUAUGGCUUAAUAAUUUUAAGUGCUGGACCAGAUCAUUACGAAGAAGGAACUAACCUAAAUUAGUAAAACUACCUAAAUUAACAUAGCUGGUUCACAUUAUUAAUUAAUCAAUAAAUCUCUUUAAAGCCUCUUUCAUUUCCACCAUUCACCAUAAACGAGUAUCAUCUAGACAUCCACCAUGGCUAAUCAAACUUGGACGCUGCCACCAACCACCGAUCCCUACCUAUUCCUCAAAAUCCACCACAAUCCAAACGACACACUCACUCGAAAUUAUGAAGAUCCACACACUUCACCUUCAUCAGAUCCCACUCUCCCAAUCUCUGUUCUAUCCAAAGAUCUCACCAUUAACAAAUCCAACCAAACAUCUCUUAGAUUAUUCCUACCUAAAAAAGCAACUCUUUCAAACCACAACAACAAACUUCUACCACUCAUUGUCUUCUUCCAUGGAAGUGGCUUCAUCGUACAAAGUGCCGCCUCCACUAUGUUCCAUGAUUUCUGUGUCGAAAUGGCUGAAACUGUAGAGGCCGUUGUCGCAUCAGUCGAUUAUCGCCUCGCACCGGAGCAUCGGUUGCCGGCGGCAUACGAUGAUGCUAUGGAGGCAUUGAGUUUGAUUAGAUCUUGUAAAGAUGAAUGGUUAACUAAAUAUGUUGACUAUUCUAAGUGUGUUCUAAUGGGGAAUAGUGCUGGAGCUACCAUUGCAUACCAUGCAGCACUACGUGUGGUUGAAAAUGUGAAAGAUCUUGAGCCGUUGAAAAUCCAAGGGUUGAUAUUUCGUCAACCAUUUUUCGGUGGGACCCAGAGGACGGAGUCACAGGUGAGAUUAGAGAAUGAUCCUGUUUUUCCAUUGUGUGUUAAUGAUUUGAUGUGGGAAUUAGCAUUACCGAUUGGAGUUGACCGUGAUCAUGAGUAUUCCAAUCUAACGGCUGGGAAUGGUGUUGAUGAAAAAUAUGGGAAGAUUAAGGAUCAAGGGUGGAAGGUGUUGGUGAGUAUGAACGGUGGAGAUCCGUUGGUGGAUCGUAAUAAGGAGUUGGUGAAAUUGAUGGAGGAGAAGGGUGUGGAAGUGGUGAUGGAUUUUGAAGAAGAAGGUUAUCAUGGUGUUGAGUUUUUUGAGGAAUCUAAAGCAAAGAAUUUCAUUGAAUUGGUGAAGGGUUUCGUUUCCUCUUUUGCUUUUUGGGUUCAACAACUACACACAAAAAAAAGUAAUAAUGUUUUCUUUGCCAUGUCAAUUAUUGUACUUUAUUUGAACAUGUACUAUGGUUCUAUUUUUAAGAAGGGUCAUGCUAACAUGUGCCCUUAAGGCACAUGUUAAGGAUACUAUAAUUAGAAAAAGUUAAAUAUAAUUAAAUGCAAUAAAGUCAUAUUUAAAGUUUCGAUACAUUGAAUGCACAAAUUUUAAGAAAUUUUUUUUAUAAAUAUCUCAUUAACUUGUGCCCUUGGGGCACAUGUUAGCUUUUCCCUUUUAAGAAUUAAAUAAACUUGGGUCAAU